ACAUUGCACCGCGGGCUCCAUUCAUGUAAGGAAAGAAGUACAAGAUGGCGGCCGAUGGUGACGUGGACGAACUCUUCGAUGUAAAGAACGCUUUCUUCAUCGGAAACUACCAGGGCUGCAUCAAUGAGGCACAGAAAUUUCAGGCAACUACACGCGAAUUGGCUGUAGAGAAAGACAUUUACAUGUACAGGGCAUAUGUAGCACAGGGUAAAUACAGUGUGGUGAUGGAUGAGAUAUCUGGUAUGUCUCCUCCAGAAGUUCAACCAGUACGAGUACUUGCUGACUAUUUACAAAACCCUUCUCGAAGGGAUAACAUCCUUAGUAGUAUUGAGAAGAAACUCAACACCAGUGACAUUAAUGAUUAUUAUCUGUUAAUGGCAGCUUCUGUCUACUUCCAUGAGCAGAACUACGAUGGUGCAUUGAGAUGUUUACACCAGUCAGAAUCCCUAGAAUGUUCUGCUCUUACGGUCCAAAUCUACAUUGCUAUGGACAGGAUUGACUUAGCAAAGAAGGAAAUAAAGACCAUGCAAGAGAUGGAUGAUGAUGCUACCCUGACCCAGUUGGCUCUGGCUUGGUUCAACUUAGCAGUGGGCGGUGAAAAACUGCAAGAUGCAUAUUAUAUCUUCCAAGAGAUGUCUGAUAAAUACUCUUCCACCGUGAUGCUACUGAAUGGUCAGGCUGUGGCUUACAUGCACCAGGGCAAGUACGAGGAUGCUGAGAGCUUGCUUCAAGAGGCACUGGAAAAGGACAGUAACAAUGCUGAGACUCUUGUCAACUUGGUGGUCCUAUCUCAAUACACUGCUAAAGCACCUGAGGUGAGCAACAGGUACUUAUCCCAACUGAAGGAUGCUCAUCCGCACCACGCAUUUACUAAAGACUACAUUGCCAAGGAAAACGAAUUUAAUCGAAUUUCUAGUCAGUAUGCCCCGUCUGUCUGCUAAACCAAUUAAUGUGCCUCACCAAAUCCACGUCAUCUACAGUUUGUGGCUAGCACAGUCAAGGCUUUAAGAGAGCAGGAGUUUAUUAGUUGACUAUAGGGCCCAUACCAGAAGAAACUCAAUGUUGAAAUGCUAAGAAAAGCGUUCCGUGGGUUAUUUGAGGGUUUGGGGAGCUCAUAAAGCCAAAUUCGAAUUCACUGGUGACUGCUUAACUUUCAUAAAAGUCAUACUGCCCCCACGUACACAGUUGGCCUGCAUCCCAACCCUGUACAUGGAGACUCGACGCCCUACCUACCACCUUAACCAGUGGAACUGUCAAAUUUCCUAAACCAGUGGAACAAGUCCAAUUUCCUUGUUUUUCGAGUUUUUACCUAUAAUAUGAAACCUACCUUUAGUAGGUUAGCAGUACCUCUACAGUUUGUCAAAACUGUUGUAUGGAAGGCAAUUUUGCAAUCCUUGUCUGUUUCAUUUAGAAAGCAUGAUUGCCUGAAUGUUCCACUGAUUCACUUAUCCUUCUACUUUAGGUUUAUGUAAAAGUGUAAAAAUGGAUUAAUAAAAGCCCUUUUGAGCUAGGUUGCUCAAUAAGAGA